AUACUCGAAAAGUCCUUACAAGGAUGCGCCCUUACCAGAGGAUAAACGUUGAGAGCACGCUUUCCGUGAAGGCGCCAGCUAUUUCACUUGACGCAAGCGUCAGUCGUUGAGUUGAGAGAUCGUCCACACACAGUCCGAAAGCUCGACAACUUCAAAAAUAUGGCGAACGAAACUACUUCGGCGGCCAAUGGCGCCGAACAUCAGAAGAAACAUCUACUGUUGAGUGCGUUUGUCAUGGCGACGCCAGGCCAUCUUUCCGCCGGACAGUGGAAGCACCCACGGAACAAGACCGCCGACUACAACAAGCUCAGCUUCUGGACGUCUCUGGCGCGAAUGCUAGACGACGCUGGAUUCCACUGCAUCUUCUUCGCCGACACUCUUGGCCCGUACGAUGUCUACAAAGGUCCUGGCAACGUCGGUCCAGCAUUGAGCUCAGCGGCUCAAUUUCCCGUCAAUGAUCCCUUGUAUGCCAUUCCAGCCAUGGCGGCGGUGACGAAGAACAUUGUCUUUGGCGUUACCGCCAGUACCACAUACGAAGCGCCAUACGCUCUUGCGAGGAAGUUUUCCACGGUCGAUCAUCUUACUGACGGCCGUGUGGCGUGGAAUAUCGUGACGUCUUACUUGGAGAGUGCGGCGCGGAACUUUGGAUUGAGUGGACAGGCUGACUCUGCGGAGCGAUAUCGUGUGGCGGAGGAGUUCAUGGAUGUGGUGUACAAGCUGUGGGAAGGGAGCUGGUCCGACGAUGCAGCGAUACGAGACGUUGAACGUGGUGUAUUUGCGGUUCCGGGAAAGGUCAGAAGGAUCGACCACAGAGGAGAGAACUUCAGCGUGGCGGGUCCGCACAUAUGCGAGCCGUCUCCUCAGAGAACGCCAUACCUCUUCCAAGCCGGAACCAGUAAAGCAGGAGUGGAAUUCGCAGCAAAGCACGCAGAAGCGGUCUUCGUCAAUGGCGAGUCGCCUCAGAAGGUUGCAGCCACAGUCGCCUCAAUCAGGAAGACAGCCAGAGACCUCGGUCGUGAUCCCAGCAUGGUCAAGAUCAUGGCCGGUGUGACGAUCAUCAUCGACUCGACAGACGAGAAAGCCCAGCAGAAGCGGGACGACUUCAUCAAGUAUGGCGAUCUUGAAGGAGCGCUCGCUUUGCUUGGAGGCUGGACUGGAAUCGACAUCGGCAUCUAUCCUGACGAUCAGGACUUCUUGCUCGUCAAGCACCCUGCCUUGCAGUCCAUGGCGAAGCGUUGCGCAAAGCCGGUUUCCGGAAGCAACGAGCUGAAAUGCACCAAGGCAAAUAUCGCAGAGUUCCUCUUGCUGGGCGGAGCUUUCCCAACAAUUGUCGGAAGUGCACAAACGAUCGCAGAUCAACUCGAGAAAUGGGUCGCUGAAGUGGACGUGGAUGGCUUCAAUCUCGCCCACGUCGUCAGCCCAGGAUCGUACGAGGACAUCAUUGAGUUCCUGCUACCAGAGCUGAAGAGGAGAGGACUACUUCCGGAGAUAUCGGCAAAGACACGCACCGCCCGUGAGGUCUUCGGAGGCAAUGCCCGUGUGUCGAGCGAUCAUCCCGCCUACCAGUUCAGAUUCACGGCUACCGAAGAGACGGAAGCAGCAUCCAAGCAUGACUCCGCGCAUUUUUCUGGAGACUGCUUUGAAGCUGGCUUUACGAGCUUUGGAGGCAUGGGCCUCGGUGGAUGGUCGAAUGGCACGAGCGAGGUCGAGAAUGCUCAACAAGGUCAGAUCUGA